AUGCGGGCGCGCGGGCCGCUGCUCGCGGUCCUCGCGAUCGCGCUGAUGUCAGGCGCGGACGCGGUGGACGUCGCGCCCGCCCCCGCCGCCGCGACGGGCGCGGUGGCGACGCCGCCGACGCCGAAGCGCGGCGUCCAUCGAAAGCUCGACCCGGGAAACGGACGCGGCGUCGCCGGACGGACCCCACCGCCGAAGUCCGCCCAUCCCGCGCCGAUCCGCGGCGCGGCGUCGACGCGAUCGUCCGCCGCGGACGUCGCCGCGCCCGGCAUGGUCCGCGGCGGCCACCGCCCGCUGCCGAUCGUCCUCCCGUCCAAGGGCGAGAGCACGAAGCUCACGCCUCAGCGCGACGGGCUCGACAUGCUUCGCUCGCUAGAAGGCCCGGUCGCGCCCGUCGUCGUCAUCGGGCCGUACCGCAGCGGGAAGUCGUUCCUGCUGAACCAACUCCUCGGCGUGCCGUGCGGGGAAGGCUUCGGCGUCGGGCACACGCGGCAGACGGAGACGAAGGGCGUGUGGGUGUGGGGAGAGCCGAGGACGAUGAAGUCUUCGACGCCGGGCGAGCCGGACGCGGCCGUCGUGUACGUGGACACGGAGGGCUUCGAAGCGACGGGGAUGAGCGACGCGUACGACGAUCGGAUAUUCGCGCUGAGCAGCAUCAUGGCGUCCGUGCUGGUGUAUAAUCUGCCGGAGACGGUCAAGGAGAGCGACAUCGCGAAGCUGUCGUUCGCGGUGGAGCUGGCGGAGGAAUUUUUCGCGCGCGCGGGCGGCGGCGGCGGCGGCGGCGGCGGCGUGGGCGGGGAAGGCGACGGCGACGACGACGACGAGACGACGCACUCGCAGCUGCGGACGUUCCUCCCGCACUCGCUCAUGUGGUUGAUCCAGAGAGACUUCCUCGAGGGCGGCGUGCGGGAGAUGGUCGCGGACGCGCUGAAACCGGUCAACAACCCGUCGGGGGACAAGCACGUGGACGAGUUGAAUCGCAUACGGACGUCGCUCACCGCGCUCGCGAAGAACUCCACCGCGUUCGGGUUGAAACAGCCGCACUUACAGCGCACGAAGCUGUGCGACUUGAAAGACACGGAGCUGGACGCGACGUACGUGAAACAGCGCACGAAGCUGUCGAAGUUGGUGUUGGAGCACGCGAAGGCGAAGGACGGGCUGGGCGACCUCCUCGAUCGCGGCGGGAACGGCGGCGUCGGCGCCGGCGGUGGGAAAUACAUGACCGGCCCCACCCUCGCCGCGCUCAUCGAACGCAGCGUGAAAGCGCUGAACGAGGGCGACUUCCCGUCCGCGGGGAACGUCGUGGACUCGUUCAAUCGCGACGCGCUGGAGCGGCACCUCGGGACGUACGCCGCCGCGUUGGAAUCCGUCGCGUUGCCCGCGCGCGAGGAGGCGCUUCGGAGCGAACACGAGCGCGCGGCGUCCGCGGCGACGGCUGCGUUCAAGAAGGAGCGGUUCGGGCGCGGGAGGGUCACGACCGCGUCUCUCAAGACGCGCCUUCAGGAGAUGUACGACGCGCGCGUCGAGAAGAACGCGUUCGCGUCCGGGAGGGAGUGCGAACAGAGCGCCGGCGCGUGCGAAGACGGACUCGUCGCGUUGCAGACGAUGCGUCUGCCGUCGUUGCACAAGUUUGAGCACGAGGCGAGCGCGUGCAAGGCGAUCUGGGAUAAGAAAUGCAUCGGGCCAUCGCGGGAGAUUUACGCCGCGCGCUUAGAGCGCACGGCGAACCGCGAGCGCGCGGCGUUCAUGCAGUCGUACAACGCGCGGCUGUUGAACGGGCUGCUGGUGGGGUCCAUCGCCGGCAUCGUGAUUUUCCGGUUCUUGUUCAAGGUCGGGAUACUCGAGCUCGCGUCAUGGGCGCUGUUCGGGAUGUUAGAGAUCACGCCGAAGCUGUACAUCACCCCGGGGGAGUCCAUGUUCGACUCGCGCUGGUGGAACCUCGCCGCGGGGGCGUGGGAGGUGGCGGCGUAUAACCCGUUCGUGGACAUGACCAUCUUAGGGCCGCUGCUCGGGGGGGGUUUGGUCGCUCUGUUGGUGUGGGUUCGCGUCCGCGCGUGCGUGCUCGCGGUGGCGCCGUACUGCCCGUGCCUCGGGUCGUGUUUCCGGUGCUGUCUGCGGAGACUGGGACGCAAAGGUCAGCGGGGAGCGGACAAGAGGAAAGUCGCGCGACACCGCGACUUGGACGUUUGA